AUGCACGCUGGCUAUGCCACAUCGUCAACUGGCAUGAUCCUUUCGAUGUGCGAAGAAGUGCGUCAGCCGAGCACGCAGGUACCCAAGGCAAUGGUUGCAACUGCCUGCAUCAAUACCGUAGCUGGUCUUCUGUUCUUGAUCCCCCUUGUUUUUGUCCUACCGGAUAUUCAAACAUUGUUGGCAACUUCUUCCUUGGCACAGCCUACUCCGACCAUCAUCAAAAGCGCCGUAGGCUCGUCCGCUGCUUCUUUUGCGCUUCUGCUGCCUCUCGUGAUCCUCGGUAUCAUCUGUGGAGUCGGCUGCACCACUGCCUCCUCUCGCUGUACGUGGGCCAUUUGUCGGGACGGAACACUUCCCGGUUCCAAGUGGUGGAGUCAAAUCCACACGGGCCUCCAGGUACCGCUGAAUGCCAUGAUGUUCCUCAUGGUGGUGGAGCUUCUGCUUGGAUUGCUUUACUUUGGAUCGAAUGCAGCGUUCAGUGCUUUCUCCGGGGUCGGCGUCAUCUGCCUAACGUGCGCGUACGCCACGCCAGUGACCAUCAGUCUCAUGAACGGCCGCAAGCACCUCGAGAAAGCAUCGUUCAGCCUUGGCGAAUGGGGUUACGCAUGCAAUGUUGUGACCAUAGGUGAGUUCCCUCAGAAGUGA